AUGUCGAAAAACGCAUAUGCUCGUCGCGAAGUAUGCAAUCGGCGUAUGCAAGAAAUACACGACCUCUCCCUACAAGCCGCGACCGACGCGGCAAUACGAGCGACCUUCCUCGCUCGCUACUCGAGCGUAGCGAAGAUCGCGGACGAUUUUGAGGCCACCCACCUGAAGGUCAUCCAAGAAGCGGCGGAUUUCGAGGUCGAGGACGAAAUCCGAGCUAGUUUCGAUAAAAUGCAUUACGCCGUAAAGAGUCGAUAUCACCGUGAAACGGGCGCGCCAUUCGGAGGCGCGCCGGCACAGCCCUCGGGUCAGGCCUCGGUGGUCAAGUUGCCUAAGAUCCCGCUACCGCAGUUUUCCGGCGACCUUACGUUGUGGCCUUCCUUCAUCGCGUUGUUCAACGCGUCGAUACACAACCAGCAGAUUUUCGCGAUAGAGAAAUACCAGUAUCUGCUGGCUUCACUCAAAGGGGAACCACUCAACGUGGUGAAAAACCUGCCGUUUUCCGAUGAGUACUAUCUGAUCGCUUACGACUCGCUGGUCGAUCGAUACCGGAAUAAGAGAAGGUUAGCGGACCAUCACUUGAAUUCGAUAAUCGAGGCAAAGCCAUUGAAGGCGGAGAUGGCCGAGGCUCUUCACCACUUAUUAGAUACGUUUACCGAGAACACGCGUGCGCUCGCAUUGAUGAAUUUCCCUACCGAUUCAUGGGACUUUAUCCUACUGAAGUUUUUGUUAGACAAGCUUCCUCGUUCCCUACGGGAAAGAUUCGAGUCGGCUCACCGGGCUGAGGAGAUACCGCAAUAUACACAACUCACGAAAUUUCUAGCGGAGCAUUGUCAGGUUCUCGAGGCCGUCGCGGGCCCGUCCUCCAAAACCAAGUCCACACCGGUCUCUUCGUUCGUGACUAACGCGGCCGAUUGCCCCGUUUGUAAGGAGUCUCACUACGUGUCGAAGUGCUCCCAGUUUUUAAAACUCUCGCCGAGGGAGAGGCAGGCUAAGGCUCGCGACUUGAGAUUGUGCCUCAACUGCCUGCGCUCGGGGCAUGGCAUGAAAGACUGUCCGUCCGCGUGGGCAUGUCGGUCCUGCGGCACAAAGCAUCAUACGCUUCUGCAUUACGAGCAGAGCUCUAAUACUACCCCUAAGCCCGAACCCAUUAGCGCGACUCCUGCCGAACCGGACGCCGUACCCGCUCCUCAGUCGGAGGAUGCGCCGAUUGUAACAAUGACUAGCCUGGCCCAUAGAAUCGUCCUCCUGUCCACCGUACGAGCCGAGGCGAUAGACGCGCGUGGCAAUGCGUUUCCCGUACGCAUAUUGCUGGACAGCGCGAGUCAGGCCAACUUUAUUACCGAGGGCUGCCUCCGGAAGGGCGGCUUUCGUCGCACCAAACACAGUGCAACCGUGUUGGCGAUAAACGAAGCCAGGGCGGCCACGACGAGGGGCCUCACCUCCCUCGUGAUCUGCGCGCGCGGUCGCGACGACACUCGGUUCUCGAUAGAGGCUACGGUCCUCUCGCGCAUAACCUCGCCGCUGCCUAAUGACAAGGUGGAGGUCCAGCCGUGGAAACACUUGAAGGGAUUGCCGCUCGCGGAUCCCGAAUAUUUCGUGCCCGGCGGUGUUGACAUCCUCCUGGGGGCGGACUCGUUUGUGUCGGUGCUACGGGAGGGCCGUCGUAAGGGGGAAAGGGAAGAACCCGACGCCUUCAAUUCAGUCUUCGGAUGGGUUCUGACGGGCGCGGUAUCCCCAUCAGUCCAGGCGGCGCCCCUGAGGUCAUUCGCGACUACGCUCGAGUCGAUCGCGACAUCGGUGGGUCGCUUCUGGCAAUUGGAGGAGGUGCCGGAGGACGCUUCUUGUUCGGACGAGGAUCGACGCUGCAAAGAAAUCUUCGCCAAGACCACGUAUCGUGACCCCUCGGGUCGUUUCGUGGUCUCGUACCCGUUCGCGUCGGAUCCUCCUACAUUCGUCGGCUCGCGCUCCAUUGCGGUUAAUCGUCUCCGCGCACUAGAACGUCGAUUUAAAUCUGAUCCGGAGUUCAGAGCUGGUUACAAUAGUUUCAUGCGGGACUAUCUCGAUAGCGGACACAUGGAGGUAAUUCGCAAUCCAUUCCCGUCGGAUGGCCACAUUUAUUAUCUACCGCACCACGGUGUGUAUAAACUCGAUAGCACUACCACUAAGUUGCGGGUAGUGUUCAACGCGUCCUCGCGAGGCCCGGACGGUCUGUCGAUCAACGACACCCUGCUCAGCGGUCCGAAGCUGCAGCAGGACCUGCUCGCCAUCCUGCUUCGGUUCCGCGCCGAAGCGAUCGCUCUAACCGCGGACGUGAAGCAGAUGUUUCGCCAGAUUUGGAUGAGCCCGGAGCAAUGCAACUACCAACGUAUCGUCUGGCGCUUCUCGGAGUCGGACCCCAUCCUCGACUAUCUCCUCAAAACAGUUACAUUCGGCUUUAGCGCCUCCCCGUUCUUGGCGAUCUAUUGUUUGCUCCAGUUAGCUCAUCAAUACCGCGAGAAAUAUCCUCUAGCGUUCGCAGCCCUACUCGAGGCGCUGUAUGUGGAUGACGUCGUGACAAGCGUUCGGACGGUGGAACAGGCUCGCGCACUCCGCGACCAAUUGCUAUCGCUUCUCCGAAGCGCCGGCUUCGAGCUUCGAAAGUGGUCGAGCAGCCAUCCUGCCGCGCUGGAGGGCCUCGACCCGCAGUUAUGUAGCCAAUCGAUGUUAGAUUUCGAGUCAAGCGAGGAUCAAUCUCAGAAGAUAUUGGGCCUUCGGUGGCACUCACAAUCUGACAGUUUCGGGUUUCAAGUCAACGCGUUGGAUCGGGAGUGCACCAAACGCACUAUACUGUCGGAAGUAGCGCGCAUAUUCGACCCCCUGGGUUUUCUGGCCCCACUCACCUUUACGGCGAAGUGCUUAAUUCAGCGUCUGUGGACCCUCAAGUUAGAUUGGGAUGAUGAGCCUCCAAUAGACAUUCGUCGCAGUUGGAGUCGUUUCCAGACGGAGCUCGGCGUGUUAUCUUCCCUUCGCGUUCCUCGCGCGUUUAACUCGUGCCAUGUAGAUCGCUGCGAACUCCACGGGUUCUGCGAUGCCAGCGAGCUGGGGUACGGAGCCGUGAUUUAUCUGCGAAUCGUUACGCGCGACGGCGUCGGGGUCCGAUUACUGUGCGCCCAGUCUAAGGUCGCCCCGCUUCGCCCCCUCACCAUUCCCCGUCUGGAGCUCUGCGCGGCUCUGCUCUUGUCUAAAUUAAUCGCGUACGUCCGGCGCACCCUCCGCGGACACCUUGACAUUGACGACGAGUAUGCUUGGACGGAUUCCGAGGUCGCCCGGGCCUGGAUCCGCUCAGCACCACAACGGUGGAAGACCUUCGUUAGAAAUCGCGUUGCCCUCAUUCAGGACAACGUGCCGGUAUCAGCUUGGGGUCACGUCGACACGGAGUCCAAUCCGGCGGAUCACUGCUCCCGCGGGCUUUAUCCUCGCGAUCUGGUGGCCAGUUCGAUGUGGUGGGCGGGCCCUGAGUGGCUUGUUCGCUUCGAACCCCGAGUUGAGCCUUCCCACGGUUCAGAAACCCCUCCGAUCGAGGAGGAGAAAAUCGUAUCGCUCGUGGCGCUCGAUCCGCCUGACGCGGUACAUUCAUUGCUCGAAAGAUUCUCUUCAAUCGAGAAAAUUGGCCGAAUUAUAGCAUACAUUCUCAGGUUUGUACAUCACUUCCGUGCAAAAUCUGCUCCUACGACUUUGGCCAUAGAUCAGCUCGAACUGCAUUCCGCGUUACUACUCGUUGUGAAGAGUGUACAGGCGGAUGCUUUCCGCGAUGAGAUCGAUCGUCUUCAAAGCGGGAGAAGGCUCCCCAAGCCCUUUCGCAAACUCGCUCCCUUCCUUGAUCCGAUGGGUAUUCUCAGGGUGGGCGGCAGGCUUGCAAAAUCCGGAUUGACAUUCGAGAACAAGCACCCUGCCUUACUGCCCUGUAAACAUAGGCUCACGGAUCUCGUUAUCGAGCACGUGCACCGCACGAACAUGCACCCUGGUCGGCGCACGCUGCAAUACCUGCUCACGCAACAUUAUUGGGUCCUCGGGGUGCAUCGCGCUAUACAACGCGUACUCUCGAGAUGUCAUCAAUGUUUCCGCGUAAAUCCACACACCUCUCAGCCCCCCAUGGCGGAACUACCGGCCGAUAGGGUCCGACGGGCCAAGCCAUUUUCGAUCAGCGGCGUUGAUUUCGCGGGACCGUUCAACAUAGUUACGCGACGAGCCCGGGGGGUCUCCUCCGUCAAAGUGUACGCGUGCCUUUUCGUAUGCUUUUCGGUUAAGGCGGUGCACCUGGAGGCCGCCUUCUCGUUGUCCACCGACUCCUUCCUCGCUGCGCUGCGACGCUUUGUGGCCCGACGCGGACGCUGCUCGCUUCUCUACAGCGACUGCGGAACGAAUUUUGUGGGGGCCGCACGGGAACUAGAAAGCCGCAUGAGCCUCGCAGCGGAGCGAGAGAAGAUCAAGUGGUCCUUUAAUCCUCCCUCCGCGCCCCACUUCGGGGGCCUCUGGGAGGCGGGAGUCAAGACCUUUAAAACCCACCUGCGGCGGACCGUGGGUGAUCAAGUCCUCUCAAUAGAGGAGUUCACGACGGUCCUCGCGCAGGUCGAGGCCGUCUUGAACUCCAGACCCCUCUGCCCGAUGAGCACCGACCCUGCCGACCUCGAAGUCCUAUCGCCGGGACACUUCCUCACGAUGGAACCGCUCGUCUCCGUUCCCACUCAAGACGUGACCCCGUUACCGAUGAAUCGGCUGAGUCGGUGGCAACUCGUCCAACGAAUACACCAGGACUUCUGGAAGCGCUGGCAUCAGGAGUAUCUCCAUACGCUGCAACAGCGUCCCAAAUGGUGGACCUCAGUCAACCCGCUCGGUGUCGGUGCGUUAGUCCUCCUCAAGGACGCCAACAUGCCUCCUCUGCGUUGGAGGCGAGGACGAGUGGAGGCGCUGCAUCCGGGCAGCGACGGCAUCCCGCGUGUCGCCACGGUGCGGGUGGCGGACGGCACGAUCACGCGUCCCCUAGUGAAGCUGUGCCCCCUGCCGAUGGGCCCUGCUCCACAGGCGACCGAUUCAAAUUGA